AAUGGCGCCAAUGCGCCGCCAUUUUCACGAAACUUUACCGUGACCAUAAAGACUGUGUCGAGGAAGAAUUCCAGCGGACAUCGAGCCCUCGACUCGGAGGAUCGUCGGAAAAAUCGCGAAAAAGGCGAGAAAUAAUGCGCCGAUCAAUUCAUUUGCACGAAGGGGACUGAUCUUGACGCGCAAGAAUGCAAUCUAUGCAAGAGAGCAUAUGUGCUAACGAUAUCGAAAGUCUGGAUACGGAUACUGUCAUACCAGUUGAACUAUUUGAUUGCAAUGUUUCUUCUCAUUCGAGAACUCAAGAUGCUUCCACGAUGGUGGAACUCGGAAAACAGCUUUUACAUAACGCAAAAAAUGGAGACACUGAGACUGUUCGUGAGCUCAUGUGUAGGGGCGCACCAUUUACUACAGAUUGGCUUGGUACAAGUGCCCUUCACCUAGCUGCACAAAAUAAUCAUAUAGAGACUGCUGAAGUUUUGCUUAGAGCAGGAAUAUCGAGGGAUGCUAGAACAAAGGUUGAUAGAACUCCAUUACAUAUGGCAGCAUAUGAAGGCCAUCAUCAGAUGGUACAAUUGUUGCUUAAUUAUGGAGCAGAUGUUGAUAGCAGAGACAUGCUGAAAAUGACUCCACUACAUUGGGCGGUAGAACAUGAGCAUGUAGAUGUAAUGCAUAUUUUAUUAGAUCAUGGAGCUGAUACGAAUGCAACUAGUAAAUUCCAUAAAACUCCAAUCAGUCUUGCAUUAGAGCAUGAUAGAUUAGACUUAGUGGAUAUACUGCAACAGCAAAGAGAAAUAAUAGGUAUCCAAGCUCAUCAACAGAGCCAAGCCAAUUCUGCUGAAUUAGAAGUAGCUACUCAUAAUUUAGUACAAUUAGAGGCUGAAAACAAUACACAUAGCAGAAGUUCGAUAAUGCAGGAAGAGGAACAGUACAAGUUUGAAAUAAAGCAACAACAUAAACGCAAACAUUCUCAAGAGAAAAAGCAAAAAAUGAUCUUUCACCAAAUUUCCAUAUCACCAAACAACACGGAUGGCGAACAAGAUAAAGAAACUGAGGAUAUUGAAAUGAUUGAUACAAAUACUGUUACGAAUAGUAAAAAACAUAAAGAUAUUAUGUCAAUAGGAAAUAUUGGUAAACAUUUUAGAUUAUUAGAAGCACAUGGAAUCACAAUGAUACCUAUGGAUGAUGAAUCAUCUAUUGUAGAAAAUGCAAUGGAAAGUGGGAGAACAGUAGUGUUAACAGAAGCUGGAAAACUUGCUUUAAAUUUGACGAAAGGUUUGCCAAUUAAGCGCCUUCAAGUUGCUUCAAGAAAAGGGGCAGCGAGAAAAGUUAUAGCAAUUAGAACAGACCAAAUCCAAUCCAAAAUCUUAAGUUCAAAUUCUAAUACAGCUCUUACACGGGGUCCAAACAUUUUGAAAAGAUCUGCUGUAGAUAACAAAACAGCUAAGUUAUUUGUUACAACAAUUCCUAAUACUACAACAGUACCUACUGUUACUGAAAUCAAGAACUCACUUUCAUUGAAAGAGAAAAUUGCGAGUUUACCAACUAAGAUCACGGAACCAACAAUUUUACAAUUGAAUAAUGAUAUAGAAGAAAUAAUUGAAGAAGAUCCAGAAAAUAAUGAGCCAAUAACAGAUAUAGCGAUAUUAAGCAAGCAAUUAGCAGAAGCGCGAAGACAAGCUGCUGAAUAUCGUAAACAAUUGCAAGAGAAAGAGAAAGAAGCAGAAAUAUAUAAACAACAACUCAAGAAUAUCACAGCGCAAAUAGCAUCUAAGUGAUUUUGUACAGGUAUAGAUUUGACAUUCAGUUUCAUGAUUCGCAAAUCAGAUUUGUUUCUUUAUACCAUAAAAAUUUUGGAGCUUUGUUAUUUAUAAUAAAUUUUAUCAUGUUGUGAGAGUUCAGAAAUAAUUAUAAUACAAAUUUUUUUUUUAUGUAUUUUGCUUCCUUAAAUACAAAAUAACAGUCUGCCAUUUUCAUUACUAACACAAUCUUAUAAUGAAUAGUUUUAGGAAACCGAAUAUUUCUCACAUAAAAUGUUAAUGUCUGUUUUAUAUUUUAUUAAAUAUGAGUCAGAUACAAUUAACUGUUUGAUAUAUAAAUGUAUAAUAAUAUAUAACUAAAUUAUUUUGCUUUCCACAUAUGUUAUCCAGUUUAUCAAUCUAAUCAGUUCUGCAGACAGAUUAUAUGCAUUUUGGAUUCAAUCAUAUAAAAAUUCUAAAUAAAAAAAUAAAUGACUAAAUAUUAAAUGAUAAUCCUGGAUUACGGAUUCAAAGUAAAAUUUAUAAAAUGAUUUUUUGAUCAGAUUUAGUCUUAUCAGAUUGAGUUACUUGGAUCAUUUAUUUAUUUUAAAAAAAGAAAUAUUUCUUAUAUUUUUCUGUGUUUAUAACUCAACUUAAUACAUAUCCUAAACUUAUUUAUAAAAAAAAUAUAGCUCUUCUUUCUUUUUUGUAAUAAAUGUAUAUAUACAUUUAUUUUUAUAUGAAAAGAAUGAGAGAAAAUUAAAAAUUGUUAUUUUUUCUUAAUGAUUCAUAACUCAUUACUAUAUAUAAAAUGAUAUAAUGUUGAACCAUAAGCUCUACUUAAAUAAGUAUGUUGAUUGUGUUUAGUCGCUGUCUAACAUUCAUCCUAUAUAUAGUCAUUUUUGUGUGUAAUAUCAGUUAUUAAGUAAUAAUAAAGAAUGUGCGCGCAAUUCAGCACAAAGAUUAGUGCUGUUAAUAGUUAUAAACCAUUAUCUAUUUUAUACAUAUUGUACUUUUAUAAAUACACAAAUUAUGCUUCUAUGAACAUUGUUACGAAUUGAUUAUCACAAAUAUUGAGAUUAUUAAAAUAUAAAAUGUUUUUGAAAUUAUUAAAUAUGAAGUCUAUGUAAAUUUUUUCUGGAUAAUUAAUAUUAUUAAAGUUGUAGAUAUUGUUGAGACAUCCACAUCAUAAAAUUGCUUGUGCUUUUAAAUAAAACGCAUAGUGUGGAAAGCAAAUCAAUUCGGCAAAUAGUUUCAAGGAUAUAACAUAAAAAAACAUGGUUAAAAUCAUUUUACAUAGUCGAUUACAUAGUACAUUGCUUCAUAUAUAUUUUUCAAUAGGAGAAACGCUUGCAUUCCAGAUAUUUUCUCAACAGCUGAUUGGUUUUCAAUUAUAAAUCAACAGCUAUUGUGGAAAAAAAAAAUAUGAAUAAAAAAAUUUUUUUAAUAUUAACACUAGUUUAAUGCCAAUAUUAAAUUUUUAGAUGCUAGAGUAUUCGACCAAUGUAAUUUAAUUUAAAGAUAUCUCGAACGAAAUGUGAAACGAUAAGAUAGUGUACAGCAGGGGGAUGUGCAGGAAAGUAGUUAACCUCAGGUACAAAAAAAAACGUAUUGUAUGAAGCACUAGGGCAGAAAGUUGUGGGAUGCAACGGUCUAUAUUUAGGAUAUAAUUUUUUUUUUUUUAAGUAAGAUUUUUCUAUAGCAUACACAGUGUACAUUGUAUAUACAAUAUAAAUAUAACUUUAUAUAUAAAACUAAUAAAAGUUGUUAAUUAUGAGCAAAGAUUUCAUUCAAGAAUAAAGACUGUUUUCUA